AUACUUUUUUCUUUUUUUUCGGUUCUGUUUUUGAGCCCUACUGAACGAGGAAAUGUACACUGUACACAAUACAUGAUAAGUGAACGCAAACUACAUCGGAGCGGCAAUUCUAACAUUUCACAAAUAGCAAAAAAAUACGUAAACGUUAAAGGUCGUUUCCUAAGAUUCGGCGGUUGCUUCGACAACUAGAUAAAAUGACUAACUGUGAUACUGUCAUGGGACAACUGAACGCGAUAAUGGAGGCGCUCAGUAAGUCUGCAGUUGUCGAGAUAAGCAAACUUUUUAAUGACAUUAUUGUUGUUUUGCGUUUGGAAAUAUCUGAAAGCCAGAGAGAGAACCAGGAGCUGAAGAGGAAAUUGAUGGGGAUCCAGCGCGACAUGAAGACAGAGCCAGCAGACCUGGAGCAGGGCCCCCCCCUGAUAAAGGAGGAGAGAUGUGAAGAGGACUGGGGGGGCAGUGACCCCCCCACACAGCAGGGCUCCUGUCCUGAGAGAGGCGGGGCAGAGGAUUUGGGCUGCAGUCAUUGGAUGAGCAGGCCUGCUGACGCCCCGCCUGUAGGGGGCGCCAGAGAGCUGAGUGAGGAUGAGGAGUUGGGGGGUGACACCAGCACUGAAGAUUCACACAGCCGUGAGACGACAGGGAAGGGCUCGACUCCCCGGGCCCCGUGUCUCCCUGCAGAGGGGGGGGUUGAGUACAGCCGGCCCCCCCAGGCCCUGUGUCUCCCUGCAGAGGGGGGGGUUGAGUACAGCCGGCCCCCCCAGGCCCUGUGUCUCUCUGCAGAGGGGGGGGUUGAGUACAGCCGGCCCCCCCAGACCCCGUGUCUCCCUGCAGAGGGGGGGGUUGAGUACAGCCGGCCCCCCCAGACCCCGUGUCUCCCUGCAGAGGGGGUGGUUGAGUACAGCCGGCCCCCCCAGGCCCUGUGUCUCUCUGCAGAGGGGGGGGUUGAGUACAGCCGGCCCCCCCAGGCCCUGUGUCUCUCUGCAGAGGGGGGGGUUGAGUACAGCCGCCCCCCCCAGGCCCCGUGUCUCUCUGCAGAGGGGGGGGUUGAGUACAGCCGGCCCCGGGCCCCGUGUCUCCCUGCAGAGGGGGGGGUUGAGUACAGCUGGCCCCCCCGGGCCCUGUGUCUCCCUGCAGAGGGGGGGGUGGAGACGGCCCCUUUUCCCUGUGCACAGUGUGGGAAAAACUUCUCCCGUCAGGACUACCUUAAAAUACACCAGCGCUUCCACACGGGGGAGAAGCUGUUCCCCUGCGCACAGUGUCCCAGGAUCUUUGUCUGUCGGAACCACCUGAAGCAGCACCAGCAGAUCCACUCGGGGGAGAAGCCCUUCCGCUGCGCCACCUGCGGGAAGGACUUCAGCCGGAAGUACCACCUGCAGGAGCACCAGAAGACGCACUCGGACGCCAGGCCGCACGCCUGCGCCGUGUGUGGGAAGAGCUUCAAGCAGCUCGGCUCGCUGAAGAUCCACCAGCGGCGGCACCGGGACGGGCCCUUCGGCUGUGCCUGCGGGAGGAGCUUCAGCACCAGGCCCGGCCUGAAGCAGCACCAGCUGACCCACACGGGCGAGAGGCCUCACACCUGUGAGCAGUGCGGCAAGAGCUUCACCCGCCGCAACAACCUCCACAAACAUAUGGCCGUGCACUACGGGGGGAUUGGCACAGCCGCUUUUGGGAAUGGCAGUUUCAUUUACAAAAUGUCAAACUGUGUUUCUGUCAAAGCACAGUUGAAUUCCAUUAUGGAAGCACUGACUAGUACAGCCGUCGCGGAGAUAAAUAAACUUUUCGAAGAUAGUUCUGCUCUUCUGUUUUUAGAGAUUUCACGAAGCCAGCGAGAGAACCAGGCGCUGAGGAAGAGGUUGCGGCUGAUAGAGAGCGAGCUGAGGUCGGCUGGACCCGCGGCAACGCAGUACCUCCUUCGGGAUGACGAGGACUGGCCGGCAGACCUGGAGCAGGGCCCCCCCCUGAUAAAGGAGGAGAGAUGUGAAGAGGACUGGGGGGGCAGUGACCCCCCCACACAGCAGGGCUCCUGUCCUGAGAGAGGCGGGGCAGAGGAUUUGGGCUGCAGUCAUUGGAUGAGCAGGCCUGCUGAAGCCCCGCCUGUAGGGGGCGCCAGAGAGCUGAGUGAGGAUGAGGAGUUGGGGGGUGACACCAGCACUGAAGAUUCACACAGCCGUGAGACGACAGGGAAGUACUCGACUCCCCGGGCCCUGUGUCUCCCUGCAGAGGGGGGGGUUGAGUACAGCCGGCCCCCCCAGGCCCUGUGUCUCCCUGCAGAGGGGGGGGUUGAGUACAGCCGGCCCCCCCAGGCCCUGUGUCUCUCUGCAGAGGGGGUGGUUGAGUACAGCCGGCCCCCCCAGACCCCGUGUCUCUCUGCAGAGGGGGGGGUUGAGUACAGCCGGCCCCCCCAGGCCCUGUGUCUCUCUGCAGAGGGGGGGGUUGAGUACAGCCGGCCCCCCCAGGCCCCGUGUCUCCCUGCAGAGGGGGGGGUUGAGUACAGCCGGCCCCCCCAGGCCCUGUGUCUCUCUGCAGAGGGGGGGGCGGGGUACAGCUUAGCCCCGCCCUCUGCGUCCGUCAAACAGGAGGCCCUGGGGGUGCCGGGCUGGGGGGAGGGGCUGGCGGCGGGGCGUCCUGAGGAGGCGGGGUUACAGGGGGGCGCGGUCAGCGCUCAGGAGCUGCGGCCCCAUCGCUGUGAACACUGUGAGGAGCGGUUUGCCCGGCCCGGGGAGCUCCGAGCGCACGAGCGCACACACACGGAGCGCAGCGGCCUCUCCUGCACGCACUGCGGGAAGACCUUCGCCCGCCGCUACUACCUGCGCAUCCACCAGCGCUACCACACGGGCGAGCAGCUGCUGCCCUGCGCGCAGUGCGACAUGAGCUUCGCCUGCCGCCACCACCUGCGCCAGCACCAGAAGUGCCACUCCGGCGAGAAGCCCUUCAGCUGCCCCACCUGCGGCAAGGACUUCAGCCGCAAGUACAACCUGAAGGAGCACCAGAAGAUCCACACGGGGGAGAGGCCGCACGGCUGCACUGCCUGCGGGAAGAGCUUCAAGCAGCUGAGCACGCUGAAGACGCACCAGCGCAGCCACAACGGGGAGACCUUCAGCUGCGUGUGCGGCAAGAGCUUCAACAGGAAGUACGUGCUGAAGGUGCACCAGCGCAUCCACACGGGCGAGAGGCCCUACAGCUGCUCUGGCUGCGGGAAGAGCUUCACCCAACCCUGCGUGCUGCGCAGCCACAUGAGGACCCACUGCGGGGGAAACCGGCCCGCUGCCUUCAGAAACACCUGCCUCAUCUAGCGGAGCUCCAUGCUGUUCACGGCCACCUUCCUCCCCCGUAUCCUUUACAGACCAUCGCCGCUGCGUUUGGAUUUAAAUUUAGGGCCAGUUUCACAGACACAGAAUAAGCCUUGUCCUGGACUAAAUUCUAAUUUAACUGCGAUUUUCCAUCGACACUCCGUUUAGGCCAGGACUAAGCUUGCCCCCUGCUCCUGCCGAAGGCUGAAGUUGAACAGGUGUGGGCUUGGUUCGUAUUUGGUUGGCGUUGUUGGGCCAGUAGGGGGUGAUCUUCCCUCUGUUCAAAUAAUUCCCAGUGCAGGGAUGGAGGCACUGCUGUAGGAGAUGCUGGGCUCUUUCCAAUGCUUAUUUUCUACUCUUUUGUUUUUUUUUCUUGCUCUUCACCCAGAAAUCGAUCUAGGUCCGCUAUCUUUAAGGACAUUCCAACCCCUUAAAAUGUCCUUCUCAUCGCUAGAAUUAGAAGUUAGGAACUCCAGAACUUUCCUUUCUCGUGAGGAAAUGCUAGCACAUCCUUUGUAGAGGUAUUGUUUUGGAAAGCCUGACAACUUUAAUCUCUUCCUAGCCUCUCCCAAUGGAUGGAGCCAUUAUCCAUAUCAACCUGCCACCUAAUCAUCCCCUGAUGUAAUAGGCUAAAUAACCUCCCUCCCUCUCCACCUCAGCUGGUGUGUGGUGACCAUUCUGGCACAAAAUGGCACCAGGGGCGAAUUUGCCCCUCAUCACUGUAAAGCGCUAGGAAUGUUCAGAUUAAUCUGAGCCUGUGGAAUUGGCCCAUAAUGCUUACAAACUGCUGUGUUGCACUCGUUUCAGAAGUGAAAAACAUUGUAGACACCAGGUUGUGUGUGUGUGUGUGUGUGUCAGGAUGCAAUUAAAGCAGGUGCAAGAGGUGACCCACCCAUCUGAUUAUAAACUGAGUAAAAUCAUGCAUCCAAAAAGCCAUGCUCUAGAAUGCCUGUUUUGUGAAUUAAGAAAUAAAAAUAUUAAUCGCA